AUGGCUCCGCAUCGUCGUCUGCAUCGAGAUAAUCUUGUCAGGAAAUAUGAUAGAGACGAGAUCAACCACGUUCCAAAAAGGGGGUCGUUUUCUGUUUGCCUUCACCUCUGGUCUAGAAUUUAG